UGGACUUUUCAUUUUAUUGCUUGGUUGGCAUGAUAGUUCUUGUUGGGAAAAAUCCAUGUCCAGCCCAGUCCGAGCCUUAUAAAGUGUCUCUAGCUGGGUGAAGAACUGAUGUGUCUGAACUGAGCGAACCUGAGAGCUCUGUAAUCAUGAAGCUUAUUCUUGCUGUGCUGGUGUUGGUUCUGGUGGUCGAGACCCAGGCGCAAUGGUACAAAUACCCAGGACAAGCCAUUGGAGGUGCAAAGGACAUGUGGCGUGCUUACCAGGAUAUGAGGGAGGCCGACACGAUUGGCGCAGACAAGUAUUUCCAUGCACGCGGGAACUAUGAUGCUGCAAACAGGGGCCCUGGAGGAAGAUGGGCAGCCGAAGUAAUCAGUGAUGCAAGAGAGGCUCUGCAGGCACUCACUCGCCACGGUAAUUCAGAUGCUGAAGCUGACCAUGAAGCCAAUCGCUGGGGACGUAGCGGCGGUGACCCCAACCGCUACAGACCGGAAAGCCUUGAAGAAAAGUACUGAAAUGAAGAUCAUCAGUGCAAUAGAAAAUCGCUGAAAUCAUCUUUGCUCUAAAACUUCUUGAUUCAAUUUUACAUAAAACCAUUUCACUCUUUUUUACAUCUCGACACUAUCCUUAAUUAGUCUACAUCUACAUUUAUGACAUCAAAAAUGCAGUCUUGAAGUUUUAGCAUAAUUUAGUUCAUGUAACAUCCUCUAGUGUCUGAAUAAAGCAAGCAAAUUCA